AUGUUCAGUAAAAAUGGUGAUUUAGAGUUGUCAGAUGACAAUGAAAGUUUAGAAGAUGAAGUUAUUGAUAAGAAUGCCAAUGAAACAUGUCAAAUUUGGAUUUUACGAUAUUUAAAAAUGUUUUUAAAUGAUGUAGAGGAAGAAUAUUUAAUAGAUUUCAUUCAACAUAAUGAUAUUUCACCAAUGAAAAAUUUUAUAUUUAAUUUUUUACCAAUGUCUGUUAUAUUUAUUAAAAUAAGAAGACCUAAGAAAAUUGACAAAAUACAAAAGGUUCCUGAAAUUGUUUCUCAACAAUCUGAAACAUUGUUAAAAAAUCUUGAUGAAAAGAAAAAAAAACGUGUUUAUUCUAUGAAAAUAAAUAAAAAAAAGAAAAGGAAAAAAUCCAAAAAGAAAGAACAAAAUAAGAAGGGAGAAAAAAUUGUUGAAGAUAUAUCAAUUCUGAAAGAAGAUGUAGAACCAGCAGAAAUAAUUUUAGAAUGGAGUUUGGAUAAACUUAUACCUAAUGAUGAAUUUAUUUUUAUUACUGUUCAAAAUUUAGCUAAAACAACUGAGACAGAGUUAGAUGAAGAAAACGAAGAAUCAUUUGAUAAUAAUUUUUUUGUUGGAUAUGUUGAAAAUACCUCUAGAUUAAACAAUCUUUUUGAUAUAGGUAGAAUAUUAUUUGGGGAUGAUUUUAAUUUUAACUCAAAAAUGGAACUUUUGAUAAGAUUUAUAUCUAUCAAUUCAACAUGUUCUUUCUCUGAAUAUCAAAGAUGGGAUUGUAAUAUUGACCAAUUUAUGGAUUUUAUUUAUGAUUGUAUUGUUAAAUCAUUUACAAGAACACUGUCAAUUGAAAUUCUUUCAGACUUUAUAAUGGUUGAAUCUAUAGAAGAACUUCUUAAACCACGAAUUGAUAACUUUGUAAAACAUUGUUUAUUAGAAAAACGCAAUCAAAUAUUAAUGGAACUUUCACUUUUUGAAUUAAAAUAUAUUCCAACAAAUCCUUCUCUAGUUUGUACGGUAAAUGAUAUAAACAGAAUUUUAAAAACUUUACUUGUUCUUUACAAAUUAUUUACUGAUGACCAGUCAAAUGAAUGGUACCGUAAAAUUUUCUUUCGGCUUGUAGAAAUAAGUUGUGGUUUAUAUGGAGAUUUUUUAAAAGCUAAAUGUAAAUGGUUACUUAUUGACAUUGAAGAAAUAAGACCUAAAAGAAUAAAUGUUAAAGAAAUAAUAUUUGAAUCUGUUAAAAAUAUUAUUGAACUAACAAUUCAAUAUGCUGUUAAAGAAGUAGAACAAAAUGUUUGGAUGGAAAAAAUUAAAUCAUGCUUAAAAAUUAUGAUAGUAUUAGAAGAAGAAUUAGAUGAGUUAUUAGAAAUUGCUGAUUUUAUUAGUGAUGAAAAAUGGGAUACAUUAAUUGACAGAAGUGUUAUUAAUGAAUGUAUUCAAAAAUUUAAAGAUAUUUGGAAAAUUAUUGAAUAUAGUUGUAUAGAAACAGCUUUUGAAAGUGGAAAUAAUGAGGCAUUAAAAGAAUUAUGCUUUUCUAUGAUGAAGGAAGCAGAAUCAGUAAAAAAAAUUAUAAAGAUUGGAUUUAUGAACGGAAAAUUUAAAUAA